GGAGUUGUUAUCCAGAUAGUCAUCACAACACAUGUUAAUAUUUUCAGUAGUUCUGUAAACUUUUUUUUUAAAACUCAGCGGAAGCAAGUAUUAAAAGUUAGCUAUAAAAGCUGACUGGUAAUUCAAAAAAUAAUCAUUAGGUGGAUAAAAAUAAAUUCGUAUUGAUCAUGAAGUUCGUUUUGAUAACUCUCAUGGUUUUUUCUUCAACAGAAGCUUUGGAAUCCUUAGAAACUUCUAGCACAGAUGAGACAACAAUUCCUGAAAACGCAACUCCUGAACCAACACCAUCUUUGGAUGAGCCUCAAUCAUCAACAACUGAUCAACCUUCGUCAUGCUCUCCAUGGCCAGAAAAUUUGCUACCGUUACGAGAUUGCUGCAAUGUUCCUCCUCUGAUUGAUGAACGUUUAAUGGAAAAUUGUUUUAUGCAUUGUGGAGUUCCUCUUUUUAGACGGUUUAAAAAGAAAAUUGACAGAAAAUUAAAUGAAAAAUCAGAUUGCGCUGUGCAAUGCUAUGCAAAUAUGACGUCAUUGAUCAAAAAUGGAAAACUUGACAAAGAAGUUUCCAAAAAUCUGUUAACAGACAGAAGUUUCGUUCGAUCCCAUAGAUUAAUGUUUCCAAAGUGGGUCACAAUUUAUGCAGAAUUUGCUGACAAAUGUGAAUUUGAUGAAUCUAAAGAUGUGACUACUGGCUUAGCAGAGUAUUUUGAGUGCAUCCGUGAAAAUAUGGUGAACAAUUGUGUAAGUUUCCGAUAUUCUGAAGAAUGUCAAUUGGUUGAAAAUCAUUACUGGGAGUGUAGCGGCAAGAAACGGAGUUGCUAUGACUGGCCACCGUUUUAUCAUCCACAAACUUGUUGCAUUCUUCCUCAACUUUUCAACACAAAUAUUCGUGAAACUUGUCGACAAGAGUGUGCUAAAAAACAUUUCUUUAUGCCGAUGCAAAAUGAUUGUACGCAGAAAUGUAUGUUUGUUAAAACGAAGAUUAUUAGUGAAGAAAAGUGCGACUUAAACGUUGUCAAGUCACUUCUCCUUGAGAACACCAAAGGCAAUAAUGAAUGGAAUAAACCAAUUGAAGACUCUGUUAAUGAGUGUAAAAAUAUGAUUGGAGAAUCGGAACUCAAAGGGUGUAAUAACAACAAAUUACAGGCUUUGUUCCUUCCUUGUAUUGCUGAGUUGUUGAGAAACAAUAACAUGAAUCAGCAAGCGAUGGACACAACCAUCAACAUUAGCAAUGCAUUCUACAAUGCAAAAACUCAUAGUGAUAGUACCAAAAAUGAUGCAAUUUUUCAUUUACCGUCCGAUGUGGACUUUUCUGUUAAUUACGAACCAGUAGGGGAGAAAGUAGCAAGUAUUGUGAGUGAUGCCAAAGACUCUGGAGCACCGCAUAAAAGUGAGAAUGGACAUAAAGAUAUGAUGACGAUUGGGGUCAAUCACUUUAACCCAACAAAUCUUCACAAUUAUUCAAAAAUGCCAGAAAGCGAUACUUUGAAUUGCAGCGAUAACAAUAACAACAAUAAUAAUAACUUGCAGACCACAAGCGAUCAAGAAUAUGGAAAUCGUGAUGAUAACAAUAAUCCAAGCAAUAGAGUUGACGACAAAAAGCCAGAUUUUCAUUUGAGACGACCAAUGAAUGCCUUUUUAAUAUUUUGCAAGCGCCAUAGAGCUUUGGUAAGAGAAAAGUAUCCGAAUCUUGAAAAUCGAUCCAUAACUAAGAUCUUAGGUGACUGGUGGGCCUUCUUACCAAAUGACGAAAAAUCUCCUUACAAGGAAUUGGCAAAGAACUAUAAAGAUGUUUUCUUCUCAAAGAAUCCAAACUUUAAGUGGUACAAACUUCCAGCCCCUCCUUUGCGUACUUUAUCGACACGACCAACAAACGAUCGAUCCUUGGUCGUUUCUCCAACUUGUUUAACAGGUGAAGAUAAUGCUGAAAGCAUAAUUAAGGAUCGAGUUCCUCGAAAUGUUAAAGCACCACAGCAGCAAACUAAUUCUGGUAUUGGACAAUUUAAAUUUGCGUCAAUUGACCAAAUGGGAGGAUUAACAAGUCUAAUGACAAGCUCGGGAAGCACAAAAGUCAAUGGAACCGUCGUGUAUGACACAAAGAAUGAUGAAAAAAAUGAUGAUAGAAUAUUGGAGACAAUCAAGAAGCGAAAAAAUGACAAUACAGAAAUGACUGAGGAUAAUGAAAGCUUUUAUGCUGCUGUUAAAUCUCAUCGUGCUUGCAAAGGAAAACGUUACCAACAGUUUAUGACACCAUCCAAGAAGGUUUCAAAACAAAAGAUAACUUCUAAUUUGUUUAUGGCUGCUGCUACGCAGUUUCCUCACAAUGAUUAUUGCAAGCCUCAACACGAUGCUGUUCAAAAGCCUCGUGAUGACUCUUUGGAUGAAUUAUCAAACAUUGCAACUUCAGUUGAGAGUGAAGAAACUGAGCAAAGAAAUGUUGAUGCUGCUGAUUUCAAAUUGAAUGAGAAGAUUUUGACUUUGCCAUCAUUGGAUCUAGAUGAUUACUUGAAUCAAAAGAAGGCCAUGAAACAGAAAAAGAAAUUUAUUCAAAUCAAGAUGUUGUCGAGAACAAAAUGGAUUAUUCCAAGUCUUCUUCGAAAUGUUCGUUCGCUCAGCAAAACCUCAACAAACAUGAGUGAUAACUUAUUUGUUCAUCGUGACACUCCUGAAGAUAAUCCUAACAUCCCGUUUGAGUUUACCGAAGAAAAUAAAAAGCGCAUCAAGGCCAUUCUUAACAUUUAUCCCGAAGGUCACAAGCGGGGAGCGAUGAUUCCAUUGUUGGAUCUUGCUCAACGUCAACACGGUUGGCUUCCAAUAUCUGCUAUGCAUAAAGUUGCUGAUAUUUUGGAGUUGCCAAAUAUGCGAGUUUAUGAAGUUGCCACUUUUUACACCAUGUUCAUGCGCAAACCUACAGGAACAUACCACAUUCAAGUUUGCACAACAACACCAUGUUGGCUGAAAGGAUCGGAUGAAGUUCUUGAAGCUUGCAAGCGAAAAUUAGGAAUUGGUGUAGGAGAAACGACAAAAGAUAUGAAAUUUACUAUUUCAGAAGCUGAAUGUUUAGGUGCCUGCGUCAAUGCUCCCAUGUUGGCUGUAAAUGAUGACUAUUAUGAGGAUUUGACAGUCAAAGACACAGAAGAAAUUAUUGAUGAUUUAUCUAAAGGAAAGCAACCAAGAGCGGGACCAAGAAGUGGUCGUUAUGCAUCUGAACCUCAAGGAGGAUUAACUUCACUGACAUCAGAACCUCCUGGUCCAGAAACUAUAAGCAUGUCUGAUUCUGAAUCUAAUCAAGAAUUCGAGAGUGUCAAAGAUGGAGAUUUUGAUGCAUUAAAAGGAGCUGAAGAAAGUAGCGAAGAAGAACCGUUGGUGAAAAAAGGAAAAAAAUCACCGAAAAAGACUAAAACAAGUCCAAAAAAAUCUAAGUCACCGAAAAAGACAGCAUUGAAAUCUAAGAAAAAUGCUUCUGCUAAAAAUGCGAAGCCCAAGAAAAAUAGCAAAAAUUUGAACGUAUCUUUUGUUGAACCAGAAGAUCCAUUAGCUGAUUGUGGAGAUUCAGAUAAUCAAAGUGAAUCUGAAGACGAAAAGGAAAAAGGUGAAGAAGAAUAUGAGCAUGGAAUAAGUUUAAACUCUUUUCACAAAAAGAAGAAUCAAAAGCGAAAGGCUGUUGGAAAGAAAGCUGGACGAAAGAAGAAGCCUAAGAAACGUCGCAGCUCAUUAACUGAUGAAGAUGAGGAAGAGGAAGAUGAAGAAGAAUUUCACAGUGGUGAUGGCGAUGACGGAGAUGGCGAAGAAUACGAAGUGCAAAAAAUUAUUGACAUGCGAAAUAAAAAAGACGGAACACGCGAAUUUCUGGUUCACUGGAAACGUUGGAGUAGUGAUCAUGAUACUUGGGAACCAGAAGAUAAUCUCAACUGUCCCGAUAUCAUUGAAAAGUUUUUGAAUCAGCUCGAAACCAAUAAGAAGACAUCAGCAAAAGAGCUUCGUAUAGCUAGAAAGCACACUGAACGAUUCACACUUCAAACUCAAGAACAUGGUCGGCGUUUGUCUAAACGACAUACUGAGAAACAAAGAGUUAAAUAUUUCGAUGCAGACGAUGACGAAUAGGAAGUGUAAUGUUCAACUUUUCCUUUCUUUAUAAUGUUUACAUUCAAAAAACAAUUUAAUGAUGAAUACGAAAAUUUCAUCGUAUUCCCUUUCAUCACAAAUUUCUUUUCCCUUUUUUUAUUAUAAUGUAAGUUUAUGUUAAUCUCGUCGUAAAAACAUACAAACAUUAACAUAAGAAUAAGUAUUCUCUUAAGAUGCUGUCAUUCAGUAAAAAUUUAUUCCUGAACAUUUAAUAAAUAAAAUAACUACGAUAGAAAUUUAAA